AUGAGCCAGUCUGAAGUUAGUGAAAACCUGAUCAAUAUCUGCUUGCCAGACGAGAUGAUCAGGGAGGUCAUAAGGAUGGCAUCUGAAGAGGAUCCUCCAACACCCCCAAAGCGCCCGUGGAAUCCAAAGACGACUCAGUAUCAAGUUGAGGCGCCCACAGAUGAGGAUCCCUAUCUCCCACCUACUUGGACUCUUCAACCGUCUUUGGCUCCAUUGAACUUGCUCUCCCCUGGUCGCGGCCAUCUCGGAGGCGCUAUCAUUGCGAGCCAGGUCUGCCACCGCUGGAGAGAGCUGGCUCUUGAUCAUGCAGCUCUGUGGGCAAACUGCAUCGGGCUCCUUCCCGAACAGAUGGAGGAGAUGGUCCAUCGCUGCAAAUCCCAUCCUUUGAGCGUCGUUCUCUACGGCUCAGCCGAGCGCCCUGAUAUAGACCUCGUAUUCGAGUACUUGAUGCAUCACGGGGAGGUGUCUCGUCGCGUCGAAUCCCUGACUUGGUACGAGACCCGCAGAGGCCACUUCCGUGAGCAUCAUUACGCCCUGAACAGGCAGAGCUUGCUCGCUCGCUGUGACCUGAGCGGUCUGCUUCAUCUGAAAGUGGUCGCAUCUGAAGAUGAUGGCCGUCAGCCCGCAUUUCUAAGUCCCACGCCUCUCGACAUUACUUGGUAUUCGACUCAAGUCGCCCGACUCCGUCUGCCUGCUUUGGUCUCCGCUUACAUCUACGAUGCAUCAUUUGCAUUUGAUGGUGUUCGCAAUCUUACCAAGCUAUCGUGGCAUUUUCUUGAAGAUGCAGACUCCGAGGGCUUGUUUGACAAAGCUCUUCAUAUGGGACUCCUUAUCACUUGUCUUUGCGAGUACCAAGAGACGCUUGAGGAGCUCACACUGGAGAGUGGGACGUAUCCUACCGACCAUCCAGAUUUGUUUGACGUCAUCCAAAAUAUGGCAAACCAGACUGGUGGCCGCUUCAAACCGGUGCAUUUCCGACGCCUACGAAAAUUAAAAAUCCGCGAGCGAAUAUGGCAACCGGAGCUGGUACCCGCUGGCGACGACCGCCCUGAUGAGCCCGACGCCACGCCUGUUCCCCUCUUGUACAGCUCACAGUCGCCAAUGAAGGCCUUCUUUUCGCUCAUUACCUAUCCCCCGACCUGCCAGCUGGCCCUCGAUGUCGUAUGCGAGACUGUUGGGUCUUGCGAAAGCAUGAACGCACUCCUCUAUCAGCUACACCUUUCAGGGUCCCCGCUUUGGGAUGCUGCACAUGUCACCUUUGAUCCCGCUCCGGAACUUCUACGGCUUUUGCUGUAUCAAAUCCCCGAAACCAUUCGGCGCCAGAUGCCUGACGGGGAGACCUCUGUAGUUGCAGAUGCAUGGAUGGAUGCCGUUUUUGGCGCGCAUGCACCAGGUAGCAGUAUCAAGCCUGCUUGUCUGCCGCCAGUGAUAGACAUCACAAUCCGCUAUCGCAGCUUUGAUCCUGUGACUGUGGUGGCAACUGUAUUCGGCGACCGUGAUCUCCCGGUUUUGUCGGUGAGGAGUCCUUACCGAGACGACUAUAUGGACCUGUUGGGGCACUGGGAUACAGACGGACUUCUUCCAUGGUAUACUCGCUGGGAAGAGUCUGAGCAUUUGAUAUGCUCGACUGCGGGAUCUGAUGGCGACACUCAUGGCGAAGACAGUGGGAAGGAUGAGCAAGACCAAGAGGCGGAGUAG